GACAGUAAUAAUUGACAUAAAAUUUGAUUUUUAUGUCUACACUAAAAAAUAGAUCUUAUCUAUCUAGAAUAAAAUCUUAUCUAUUUUGUGUCUAUACUUUAAUCCUUAUGUCUUUGUAGCAGAUGGUGUUACAUGUGCACCAUCCAUCUUUAUUUAUUGAGUUGAUGUAGUCAUCUAUUAUCAUACAGAAUAAAUUUGCUCAGUUAAUCAUUCGAAUAGAACAGGACUCAUCUACAUAACAUCGAAUUCUAUCGAUAACCCAGAAAUUAUGAAUAUGACCUAACUAAAUUCAAGUAGUACUACUUCUAUACUAAAUUUUAUUGAAUGAAAUUAAAACCGUUAGUAGCAGCAUCAAUUAAUUUUCAUGGUUGUAUACUUUGAAGAAAACAAGAAAGAGUUUUUACCUAGGAUAUCCAUAAUAAAAUUUUUAUAAUGUCAUGUAAUUAUGCUGAUGGUCUAUCACCAUAUGAAUACAAGGGUGAAGUUGGCAUGCAAGAGGUAUUUGACUCUCCUGAAGAAUUAAAAAAGAAAAUCACCAUAUUAGCCAAGUGGAUAAAAGAAUCAAAAUAUACUGUAUUUCAUACUGGUGCUGGUAUCAGUACAUCUGCAGGUAUUCCAGACUUUCGAGGACCAAAAGGUGUGUGGACUCUUGAAAAGGAAGGAAAAAAACCAGAAGUUAAUUUGGAUUUUGAUGAUGCCAAACCAACAAUUACCCAUAUGGCUAUCAAUAGUUUGGUUAAACAAGGGUACAUUAAAUAUGUUGUUAGUCAAAACAUAGAUGGCUUGCAUUUAAAAUCUGGUUUACCAAGAAAAUUAUUAUCUGAAGUACAUGGAAAUAUGUUUACUAUGAAAUGCGACAAAUGCAAAAGGAAUUUUGUGAGUAAAACAGCUGUAAAAACUGUUGGACAACGUUGUCUUGGUAUUAAAUGUUAUGGAGCCAAUAAGAAUGGUCACCAAUGUCGAGGUAUAUUGUUUGACACUAUUUUAGACUGGGAACAUCAAUUACCUGAUGAAGAAUUAGAGUUAGCAGAAUUACAUUCUAAGAUGGCAGAUUUAUGUAUUUGUCUAGGUACCUCAUUACAAAUACAACCAAUUAAUUUAGUGCCAUUUAAUGCAAAAAAAAACAAAGGAAAAGUUAUAAUAUGUAAUCUACAAAAAACUAAAUGUGAUCGUAAAGCCGAUUUAGUGAUUCAUACAUAUGUUGAUGAUUUAAUGAAAUCAUUGAUGGAAAUUCUUCAACUUGAUAUAGACCAAUAUGAUGAACUCAAUGAUCCUACUAAAAUUAUAAAUAAAAUUACUGACUGGACUAUUUAUGAUAAUAAUAUUAUUGAAAUUCGAGAAAUGAGAAAAAAUGCAUUACGAAAUAAGAAACGAAAGAAAUCUAUGGUUAAAAUAAUUAAUGACCCUGUUAAUGGAUUAAAUGGAAAUCAUGACAAACAAAUAUUAACACUAUCAAAAAUAAGCAAGCUAAAUAAUUUUGAUAAUAUUAUGAUCUGCAAAUCUCAGAUGUUGGAACUCACUAUCAAGUCUUUCGAAAAUUGUUUAGUUCUGUACUUUUAUCAAAUUGUUUAUAGUACAGUGUUUUACUUUGAAUGGUUGCAUAUUAAGUUAUAAUAUUUUAACAUUAAAUUAUUUUUUUUUGGUAAAAA